GUGUAGAAUUCAGUAAUAAAUUAAAAGUAGGCGUUAUUGUUAAAAGAGAAGUUGUAUAAUUCUAUUCUCUUCCUCUCGGAACUCGUUUUUUCCAAAUUUCCACCAUGUCAGGCAAGAUAGUACUUUAUUUCUCGUCCGCUUCGGGCAAUCAAGAGAUAAAGAAGCAACAGAUCAAAAUCCAACAGGUAUUGGAUGGCAAAAAGAUACCCUAUACAAUAUUGGAUAUUUCAAGCGAUGCAGAUCUUCGAACAAAAAUGAGAGAACUGAUGGAUGAUGAAAAAGCACUACCACCACAAAUUUUUAACGGCGACCAAUACUGUGGGAACUUUCAAAGAUUUGAAGAAGCCAUUGAGGAGGAAACCCUCGAACAGUUCCUUAAACUAGAAUAGGGUCACCCAUGGAAGAGUAAAAAUAAUUUCACAUUUUAUCACAAUCUCAUUACUUUUGAUCAAUUUCUAUAAUCGUGCACUAAUAACAUUUCCAAUGCAAUGUUCCAAUGUUGCAUCCACCUCCAAUACAUAUUCCAUGUUUUUCUUGCAUUGGUCCGAACCAGAUAGGUUUAUCAGUGCAGGAAAUGUUGCAAGCAGUGUAUGGUAGUACAAUGCAUGCAUUUUUAUCUUUCGUUUCAACUAAUCAUUAGGUUUAAAUAUUAGGUAUAUUUUAAAAUCAGUCGGAUUCGAUUUUACAUUUUCCCGAAGUUAUUUCGGUCAGUAACUCAAUGUCAUUAAAUUUGCUUGCAGGUAGAAGCAUGGCAUACAGAUAUAAGUAAUAAAUACAGUAUAAGUGGUCGUGUUGUAUCAGAUAUA